CUAGGGUUUAUCGUCUUAUCCACCGCUACAAUCGGAGCAUCAUUUAACCGCCCUUCCCAAUUUCUCCGUCUUUUACUCCACCGUGGCCAUAGACGGCGAGGCGGGAGGUCAAUCAUUUUCACAAUGUCUUGGUUUGCUCGCUCUCUGGUGAACUCCCUUCGAGGCGACGAUGAUCAGAGCAGCGAGCACAAUCCCUUUACGAAGCCACGCAACGACGACAAGUCCGGCGACCUUGUUCACACCGAUGACCAGCCUCCAUCUCCAAGCAGAGGAGUCAAAGAAGAUCUUUCUGAGCUCACUAAGACUAUCACCCGCCAGUUCUGGGGCGUCGCCUCCUUCCUUGCCCCUCCUCCCGAUGUCCAGCCACCCGAUCCUAGCCGGGUGUCCGAUCCUUCCAAUCCGGCAGUUGCCGGCGGUUCGGAUGAUUCGGAGUUGUCAAAUUCACCGAGGAUUGCCGGGAUUCGGAGCGAUUUUGCUGAAUUGGGUGGGAGAUUUAAGAGCGGAAUUUCGAUUCUUUCGAAUACUAAGGCGGUGUCUGAGAUCUCGAAGAUCGCAUCUACGUUUCUGCCAUUUGGAGAUGAUGGGCCGGAAGAGGAGGAGGAGCCUGUUGGUGAGGCCGUGGGGUUAACUGAGGAGGUUCUUUUAUUUGUGAGGAAUAUUUCAUUGCAUCCGGAGACUUGGUUGGAUUUUCCGUUGAUUGCUGAGGAUGAGGAUCCUGAUGAAUUUGAAAUGUCUGAUGCCCAGCAAGAGCAUGCAUUGGCCGUGGAACGUCUUGAACCAGCAUUAACAGCACUUAGGAUAGAGCUCUGUCCAAGUCACUUGAGUGAAGGGUGCUUUUGGAAGAUCUAUUUUGUGCUUUUGCAUUCUAGACUGAAUAAACAUGAUGCUGAACUUUUGUCAACUCCACAGAUUGUGCGAGCCAGAGCGAUGUUGUUGCAGGAUCUUCAUAGCCGUACAAAACCAAAUACCAACGGAUCAACAAGUUUGUCCUCUCUGAAAGAGGAUGAGCAGCGUGAGCCUACCAGUCCAAGUGAAGGAAGAGCCGGUGUCAUGCCAUCAACACCACCACAAGCUGAGGACAUAUUCGUCUCCAUUCCCGUCGUCGAUAUUUCGACGGAGAAGCAUCCAGUUGAAAGCACCGAAGCGAAAAUCAUCGACAAAUCUGUCAUCGAAGAAGACUCACCAGUCCAGUCUAUGAGCAAGGAUCUGGCAGAAGUUUCUACUAUAUCAAAGCAGAAGGAUGAAAGCAAUGAAGAUGAUUGGCUUGAGGAUGAGAGUGCUGAAGCCAGUGGCCCUGGAGAAAAUGCUGCUCCUUUAGGACAAGAUGAAGAUGUCUCCUUCAGUGAUUUAGAGGAAGAUGAUGACCACGGGAUAGGUGCAGAAACCAAAGCAAUUUCCAAAUCCACUCCCACGCAGGUGAAAGAACCAAGGGGUUGGGUUCAGCUCAACAAGAGCAACCAGAACAAGGAUGAUUGGUUAAAUGUUGAUGAAGUCGAUGCGGAAUGAUUGUUCGAGGCCUUCUUCGAUAUUUCUGUAUGUUAGCUUCUAAUUGCACCCUUUUUAUUGAAUGUACUUGUCGCUUUUGUCAUUGAUUUUCUGUACAUAGCUUCUACUUGUUGGUCGUUCAUCUCCCACUCACAGUUGGAUUUGAUCUGUAACUAAAGUUUUUUCUGAAUGUGAACCUAAGUACUUAAAUUUAGCGUGGCGGUCCGGAAUUUUUAUUCAGGUGCACCAAAUUGG